AUGUACUCCUUCCUUCUCAUCGCGGAGCUCGUAGCCAAGGUCAACGUAGUGCGUGAUAAUAUGGACGUGAGCACCACCAGAUGGAGUGACAUGACCAAGAUCACGACCAUGAUGUCGAUAUUACCUACGGGCAACAAUGCCAUUCAUAACAAGACAUUAGUCCCUGAGGCUGGGUCAAUAGAACUCUCCAUCGCCCCUGGCGGCAUCAAGAGUGGACACCCUUCUGCAGAAAUCUUUACCGGAUGGUCGCAAAACCAGAUCCCUGUGGUGCCGAAUGAAGCAGAUGAAAGAAGUUUUAGUCAAGCGGUAGGUUGCAGCCUACUAUACUUGCCCAUGGCCCGAAUGAUAUCAGGUUCAUUGUCUAUACCGAGUGGUUUGUCACCAGUACCUUUCGCAACUCUCGUCAGGCUCAGCGUUGGCGACCUUCUCUCCCACGCCACUGAACCUAGACAUUAUCCUUCCCUUUUUGCCCACCUCUCCUCCUUGGAGGCAAAGCGCCAGCCAGUCCCUCGCUACCGGCUUAUUUUAAAACUGCUCUCACUGUUGCUGAGCAUCUUCCAGCCUGAUUAUCUGCUCUUGCUUUAA